CACCUAAGAACGAUUAACAUUCCGGGAACAACCGAUAGGCCAGCUGCUAAGGAUCCUAAUACUUUGAUGGCAAGGAAUACAUAGAAUUGGUUCGUGCAGUGCUCUGUUGGACAGAAAUCUCUGCUGACAGUGAGGUCGUCAGUUUUGGAGCAUUCACAUUCUGUGAAUAUCAGCGGCAUACCUUUAUCUUUCUUAUCUAGGAUACUGAAAUUAGCUCCACUUAGUGGACAACCAGCUUGACAAGGUGAGUAGAAGGUUUCUCCUCCUUUGAAAGCCAAUACAUCAACGAUUCGUCCACACAUCGCUCCAACGUAAAUUGGAUUUCGAAACAGUACUCGAACAGUUGCAACGAACUCAGUCAUCUUUUGUUCAACUGUGACAGUCUUGUCGUGUACUUUGAUGUGUUUAUCGUAAAGGUUCAAAGUUUUCCUUGGUUUCAGCGGCUCAGUCCCAUUGGGAGUAGUCUCCUUGGGAUAGAUCUUCGCCCUGGCAUUUCUUUCGUCUAAUUGGUUCGAAGGAAACAGGAACAGAAUUAAUGAUGGGAAGAAUAAAAGAACCCCAAAUAUAAGAAAGCCGAGCCACCAACAGCCAAUCCACAUGGGAUCCAACGGAGUGAGACCAUGAGGAGGGUCGAAAGUGUAGUAGAUUUCGUUGAGCUUGCUACCGAUGAGUAAGCCGAGCACUGGCCCGAGAAUCUUCACAAAGAACAUACAAGCGAAAUAUACAGGAAGGUUAUGCUUUUUCACGUUGUCGUCCAUUAAUGGUAGUCCUAGUGAGAACGGCACUGUUCUGCCUACACCUAACAGCAGCAGACCUCCAAAUAUCAUCAAGAAAGGGCCAGAACUUGAUGUAUUCUUCUUGCAUUCCUCAGCGUCAUGCUGA